UCCAUCAUCUCAUCCACUUACCAGAUUGAAGUCAUCGUUGUUGUUUGUCUGUAUUCGUUUGAUUUAUCCCUCCCCCUUUAUAUAUAUAUACACAUACAUCUGCAUUAGCAUCAUCAUCACAUAGUUAUCGUCAUCAUCGUUACCUUUUGUUCGUUACCCUCGUCGUCGUCGUUGCCUGUCUUUUUUUUUCCUCCUUAUAUUCUAAAUUUAGUUUGUUUAUCGUUUUGACAAUCGUUUGUUGUCGUCGUUUCUUUCCGUUAUACCCUUUCGUUGUACUACUAAUACUAUAAAUCAAUAUCAACUAAUCAUAAUCAUAAUGAAUUCAGAAGAUCAAAACUAUAAACGAAUGCAAAUCAAAGUAUUAUACUCAUUCAAUAAUAAUACCACCGUAUUCUUAUCAAGAUCAAAGAAUCAAUAUUCAGUUAAAACAGCUCAAAUACCCAUGUCAAUAGUUUCAAAUGAUCAUCAAGAACCAGAAAUCAUAACUUUAGGAGCCUUUGAUUUAAAAAGUUGUAUUCAACAAAUCAUAAAGAGUUCCCCUGAAAAUUUUAAAUUACAAUCAGAAGAUUAUGCUGUUUAUUAUAAAGAUGUUACUGAACAACCAGAUGAACCAUUCGUAGCGAAUGGUAUAUUAUCAGGUUAUCUUAAUAUGUCAAAAUCAGAUUUAAUUCCAGGUAGAGUUUGUCAAAAUUUAUCAGCUAGUUUCUUAUUUGGUGAUAAAUCAAAUGUUUCACCUUUAACUCUUGAAAUAAGAUUAAAAUUACAUACUAUUGAGUUACAACCUCAACAAAAUAUUCCAAAACCUUCCCAACCUCAACAACAACAGCAACACAUUGAUCAACCAGUAAGGCAACAACAACAGUCUCAUUCACAUCACCAACAUCAACAAUCACAUCAACAAAUGCCUCAUCCUAAGAAAAGACCUAAUGAUUCAUCCAUGAGUUAUCCUCAAAAACGUCCAACUCCAAUUGUACAAUCAGCAAUGAAUUCUGCUAUAAAAGCCACUAGAACAAAAUCAUUACCUAUUUUCAAUAACAUUCCAAAUCAAACGAUGUUCAAUAUUAUGAAUUCGGAUAAAAUGAAUAACAGUUCAAGAUAUGAUAGUAAAAGUGUUCAAGAUAGAUUUAAACUGGCUCCAUUUUUACUGGAAAAGAUUAUUGAUAAACCAGUUAGAAAACAUAGAAAACAUAUGAUGGAUCAACCUCAAAGAGCUAUGAGAACAAGAUCAAUGGUUAAUCAUCCUAUUGCUAUUUCAUCUCCUAUAAAUGAAGAACCCAUGUCGGAUAGUACUGAUGAUACAGAAUAUCGAGAACAUAAUGAACUUCGAGAAGAAGAUGAAGAAGAAGAGGAGGAUGAGGAAGAAGAUGUCGAUGGUGAUGGUGAUGGUGAUUAUGAUGAACUUUCUCCAUAUACUCCUCAACAACCACCUUAUAGACCUCAAGAGAAUGUUUCAUCUAAUAAUACCACCACAUCAAAAUCUAACCAUAAUGAUACUUUCCAAUCUUUACCUGAUUUAGAAGAUUUAGAUAGUAAAAGAACUCAUACUAUUCCUCAUACAAAAUUACCUAAGAAUCAUGGAUUAAUUUGUGUUAAUAGUAAUUGUGCUACUAUAUCAUCCAUUGCAUGGAGAUAUUUUGAAACUGAAUUCAGACCUAAUUAUUUUGCUAUUCAUAGAGCAAAAGAGUUUGAUAAAAAACAUUAUGAAGGUAUGUUUGGACCAUUAUGUAAUGCCUGUUAUUUAUUUUUAAGAAAUAAAGGAUUUAUGAGACCGGAAAAUGUGGUUAAGAAAUAUUUACAACAACAACGUUAUAAAAGAGAAUUAAAAAAUAGAGAAGAAAUUAAUGAAUUAAUUAGUAAUAGUGGAGUUCCUGAAAUAUCUCAUUCUGGAAAUAGUAAUAAUAAUAAUUCAAAGGAAAGAUCAAAUAGUUUAAGUGCUAUUGCUAUAAGGAAAUCUUCUCAAUUUGCUUCAUCUCCAGGUAUACCUCAAUCUAAUAAAUUCCCAACACCAUCUCAUACUCCAUCAGCUAUAAAUCAAGUGAUUCAAAAUAAUAAUAAUGAAUAUCAAAGUUCAAAAAUCAAUCGUAGUUUAAAUGAUUCAAAUAAUUCUACCAAACAAUCUCAAUCUCAAUCUCAAAAUUAUGAUCUUAAUGAUUUAAUGAAUCAAAUAAAUUCAUUUGGAGGUCCGUUAACUGAUAUUGAUCCCUUACCUCAAGAUCAAGGGUAUACACCACCAAUGAUGGCUACUAAAUCUAAUACAAGAGUGAUUAAUAUUUAUGAUGAUGGGGAAGAUAAAGAGAAUUGUCCACCACCAGUGCCGCAAUUACUUGAAGAUAAAGAUUCGAUGAAUUCAUUUGAUGCCAUGAUAGUUAAAUCAUUUACUCAAGUUUCACCUCAAAAAUCAAGUAGUCCUCAUGGCCAAAAUGAAUGGAUGAAUAGUUUAUUUGCUGAACCAACUCCUAAGGAUCAAGUUACCCCUGCUGAUUCCAAAACUCCAACUGAUGGAUUAAAACAACCAGAAAAAUUACAUCCUAAUAUGCCCCAUUUAAAAACUUUUACUACCAGUCAUAAAAAAUCAUCAUCUCCACCCGUAAUUCAUACUAAUCAUAAUCAUGGUCUUAAUAAUAAAAAGGCUAGAGUAGUGAAUAUGCCAUCAUCACCAUUAUUAACUUCUCAUCAGAAUUCCGAUGAUUUAGAUCUUUUAUUAUCUGAUAUUGGGAAAUCAGUAACUUAUGGUGAACUUGAUGAUGAAAUUCAAGAUUUAGUAUCGAAGAAUAAUCAAUUUUUCAAAGAGAAUUCAUCUCCCAAGACAGCAUCAAGAGUCAAUACUACUAAUCUGAUGUUAUCAUGGACCAAUAAUACCAAUAAUAGUAACACCAGUAAUAACAAUCAAAGUGGUAAUGGAGAUGUAGGAUCUACUCCAAAUACUGAUUUUUUUUCAAAUGAUGAUAUGAUUCACGAUGAUAAAUAUAAAAAUGAAGUUGAAUUUAAUGAAAUGAUGGCUAAACAUCAAUCUAAUGAUGUUUAAUAUUUCCUCCUCUCUGUACUAUAUAAAAUUAUGUAUAUGUAAAUUAUAAUCCUUAAUAUAUUAUUAUCUUUUUAAGGGAACUAUUUGUAAUUAUUAAUGAUGGAUAUUAAUUAAGCAUGAUAUAAGAUAUUUUUGGUAGCGUUGGUCACGUGCUAAAAAUUGACUAUGAUAAAUCAGAUUUUCAUGU